GUCUUUUUUGCCCGCGUGUCCCAAUCCGCGAAGAAUUCUGUCGCAAAGUGCAAUGCAUUUUCGCCAUUCCGCAAGUGCAGCUGCUCCCCCAGCUUGCCACCGGUAUCACAAUUAAAAAUCGAGUCGAGUGAAGUCGCAAAUUGUUAUCACCACACGUCGUCGUCAUCGUCGUCGUCUUCUUAGUUGGUUUAAAACAAAAAUACAGAAAAAAGGAGCCAAGCCCUCGGAAAGGGUCGCAAAUUGGUCAAGUGUCAAUACAUUCGAGGCCGUAAUAAACGUGUUCCGGUGCGUUUCUGAAUAGCUGAUCAGCUGAGUGAAUGCAAGUGAAUGAAUAUUGAGGAAUAUAAAAGUUUUAUCAGUGUUAAAUACGAGAGAUAAUCUACAGAGCUGAUCUAAAGACUCCCCCAAAAAGUGAAUAAAACAAUCAAAAGUAACAACAAUAAAAGUUAAAAAGUAAAUGCAACGGAAAAUAGAUUCUCUGAGAGACCACCCAAGUGGAGUUUAAUUAGGAAAACGCUUCCCAGGACGGCCAAUCGAAGGUGCUUAAAUGAUUAUGCAUGGUACCUGGUACAAGGGACCUCAGUUGGCUCACCAUCCUCACUCGAAUCCGCACAACAGCUCGCACGGACAUAGUGACUACCAUCAGUUCCGCUCGUACCCCUCGUUUGUUGUGACCCCCUACCACGAUGGCCAUGUCCAGGGUCCGGCCACGCCCACUCCCUGCCCGGCCCCGCCAACGCCCUGCAACGGUCCAGUUCCAGUUUCAGUUCCAGUUUCGGUUCCCGUCUGCCAGACCGGCGGCCAGGGAUCGCCAGUAAUCGUCGAGGGGUCCUUUGCCGCCGCAGCCGCCGCCGCUGCUGCUGCUGCCGCUGCUGCAGCCGCCUCCAGUGCCACGCCUUUGUUGCCCAGUCCACCCAUCAAGAUCGAGCAGGUCUUUGGGGAGCCCUCUUCGCUGGGAGCCGUCGUCGAGGAUUACGCCCUGGGACUCGACUGUCCCGUGGAGCACACGUUUCGGAAGCCGCUCAACAACAACAACGGCUACUCCUGGUCCACCGGCAACAGCAACGAGCUUGUCGGUAAUAACAACAAUAACAACAACCAACCAACAACACCACCCACUCCGCCCAUCGAGGCGAGCGCCACCCAAGCGACUUCAGUGUCCGCAAUUAAUUUGAAUCAAGCCCAACCCGCAUCACAGACGCGUCCAAACUUUGGCAGCUCCAUAAAGUCACCACCAUCAGAACCGGACGCGGUCACCGUUGCCACGUGCAAAAGUCAGGAGAAUAACUCCAGUCAAAAUCAGAAUCAGCAUCAGAACACCAACCCCAACUCCAACUCCGAUCCCAACCCGGUUGAAAGCCCCAAUUCAAAUUCAACGGCCGCUGCCGUGGCCGCUGCUGCCGCCGCCGCCGCCGCUGCCAACAUGCCGAUCGGCAGCGUCCAGAGCCAGAAUCCCACCCAGGGUCUGGUCCACUGGAUGAGCGCCGUGAUGGCCGAGCACAUGACCGGCCAGACGCACCACGAUCCGGGCGCCGUGGGCAUGCAUUACAUGUGGAACGGCAAUGUUGACCAUGCCAAAGACAUAAGCGAUUACAAUCUUUGGCCACCAACGCCGCGCAGUCAUCAGCAUGCCAGCGAGCAUCAUCCGAUGUCCCUGAAGCAGGAGUACGAGGCCAAAAUGAACGAUCACCACCACAACAAUCUGCAAAAAGGUCACUUUCUGGAUGACAAUCGCCUGGAGCAUCAUGCGGUUGCUGGACAAGGUGGCCUGGGUCUAGGUGCAUCCAACGGAGUUGCCGGAGGAGGCGGUGCUGCCUCUGUGGGUGGCAACCCCAGCCUUGGCGCCAGUUCGCACCAUGCGGCCGCCGCCGCCCAUCAUCACAACCAGGCAGUUGCUGCUGCAUCGGCGGCAGCCUUGCUGGUGGUGCCACAGCCGAUAAAUGCCAGCAAAAUGGGCGGACCCGGUGGUGUCGCCUCCGUGGCCGGUGGACAUGCCACUGGCGGUGGCAGUGGACGCAAGUAUCAGUGCAAAAUGUGCCCCCAGAUCUUCAGCUCAAAGGCAGAUCUGCAGCUGCACACGCAGAUCCAUAUGCGAGAGGCUAAGCCCUACAAGUGCACCCAGUGCUCGAAGGCGUUCGCCAACUCCUCGUAUCUGUCGCAGCACACGAGGAUCCACCUGGGCAUCAAGCCGUAUCGCUGUGAGAUCUGCCAGAGGAAAUUCACGCAGCUCUCGCACCUGCAGCAGCACAUCCGGACGCAUACGGGCGAUAAGCCGUACAAGUGCCGGCAUCCCGGCUGCCAGAAGGCCUUCUCGCAGCUCUCCAAUCUACAGUCGCACUCGCGAUGCCACCAGACGGACAAGCCGUUCAAGUGCAACUCCUGCUACAAGUGUUUCUCGGACGAGCCCUCGCUUCUGGAGCACAUCCCGAAGCACAAGGAGUCGAAGCACCUGAAGACGCACAUCUGCCAGUACUGCGGCAAGUCGUACACCCAGGAGACAUACCUGACCAAGCACAUGCAGAAGCACGCAGAGCGGACGGACAAGAGGCCUCCGAUUGCGCCGGGCAGUGCGGCGGCAAUUGCAGCGGCGGCCGCUGCUGCCGCUGGCGGAUCGGGAAACGCAGCCAAUGGUCCGCCGCCACCGCCCAAUCCCACCCAGCAUCAGCGCAACAAUCUCGGCCUGCCUCCUGUCUCGAUUGCCCCCAGCGACAAUGGCUAUUGGCCGAAGGUAAGUCCGGACUCAGCCGCUGCAGCCAAUGCCAUGGAGGUGAUGCACCAGCAGCAACAACAGCAGCAGCAACAACAACAGCAGCAGCAACAGCAGCAAGCGCAUCACCACCAUCCGCAGCAUGGAGUCCCUCCGCAGCAACAUGUCCCGCCCCAGCAGCAACAGCAGCAACAACAACAACAGCAACACCACCAUCCGCAACAGCAACCUCCCCCGCAGCACAGCAUGGAGGCCCACUACGCACAGCCGACGGCGCCUAAUGGGGCCCAGAGCAACGGCCACGGACCGGAGCUGCAGCCCCAUCAUCGCAUGCCCGAUCCCGUCAGGGAGGAUAUAGUUUCGACUCCCAGUGCCGUGGGUCCCUACGAUGCCGCAUCCAUAACGAAAACCACCAGCAACUCGGCCUUCACGCCGAUAAACUCGAUGCCGCCGCACUUGAACUCUCUGAGCCACCACCCAAUGGCCCAGCGGCCCUAUCUCUAUGAUGCCAUCAGCUUUCCGAACAAGAACGUCAACCAGAACAACGCCAACGCGUUCCCCAACCAGCUGAUCUCGCUGCACCAGAUCCGGAACUAUGCCCACCAGCCGGCGGGUCUGAGCGGGGAACAUCUGCUGGGCGUUAGUGUGGGUCCUGGGAAAGACAAGGGAUAGCUAGGGGCCUACUUCUAAGUUGCUAGUUCAUCCAUUUAUUUCUCCAAGCAGAGACGAGGCGUGCAUUCCUGUACAGUAUUAAUUUGUAGUUAGUCGUAGCCCGUAACGGACAGUUUGUAAUUUUGGUAGAUCUUAUUUCGGUUAAGUUAAGGGUGUCCUCGGGCACUCGAUAAGCAAACUGUAAAUGGCCAACGAUACGUACUCUAAUUUGACCAACACCGUCCAGAACCUAUGUUUAUACGAUGUCUUGGAACACGAACACCAGAAUCGCGAUUAACUGGCGAGUAAGCCUGCGUUCUACAAGUCUACUAAUAUUCUGUCCAGCAAAAGUUUCCCUAUCAAGUGUUUUGAUUUCCUAGACCUCGUCUAUCUAACGCCUGUAAAUAUGAAAAUGAAUUUGUUUUCGAUGCACAAAAGGAUCUCGCAGUCUUGAAUCGCAGAAAGGGCAGAAGUUGAAAGCUGCAAACUACGCCGAUGCAUGUACAUAGAUAUACAUCAACCUAAAGGAACUAAAACCGGCAAAACGUAAUUUACAUUAAAAUACAAAUCUUCAUAUAUAUAUAUAUAUUUGUUUAGGUGUAUCGUAUUCAAUACAGACAUUUCUGGGGGAAUCUUCUCGAGAAACAAAACACAAAAAGCUACAAGAAUUCAAGAAAUCAAACGUGUUUACGACUAUAGAUGAAACUAUGCGAUAGAUUGAAAACUAUUUUGAAAGAACCUUUUCUAAGUAUAUGUUGGCAGUUGCAAAAACAAAAAAAAAACAAAAAACAAAAACGAAAAACAAAACCAUAGAGAGAUGUUGUAUUACUUUUUGGAAAGACUGAAGUGAUCAAAAUUAACGAACCAGAUGGCGAAAAAAAAGUGAAAAAUCAAACAUUUUAAAGAGCGUUUUUACCGCAGUUACUAAGCAAAAACUGAAUGUGUCCUAUAAAAAUUUCGUACUAAAUGGCAGAAACUAAACCUAAACGUAAUUACGAGUAUGACAACAUCAAAUGUAAUGUAUUAUUAAAUAAAGUAAUUCUAAUUUUAAUCUAAA